AUUUUCUUUGUUGUAUGACAGAGUGAUGCAGAUCAUUUUCGAAAUUCCAGCAGCCAAAUUGACAUCAAGAAGAAUCAGAGCAUCAGGCUCAAUGACUUCCCUUCAUUACUGAAACCAACAGCUGUAAAUAAUACACAAUUAAGGAGGUCUUUUAGCCAAAAAGACAUGUGACAAUUGCAUGAUGGCUACUCUAGUCACUCUUCUGCCUUGACUGACGAUGACACAAAGGAUGCUCUUACCUGUAAAAAUGGCAUCGAGAAAACGAUUCAAGCAGUUUAUGCACAGAAAAAGGGUGAGCAUCCAAAUGGGGAUGUUGUGAAUGGUGAACUGUACGAAGCAAUGAGAAAAAAACUCAGGCAUGCCGUUGAAGAAAUCAAAACUGAACUUGAACAGACCAUGGGGAAGAAAACUAGUAGCGCCAAGUCAGGUCAUGUGGCCAGAAAGAAUCAUGUAACAAAAUUGGAGCAAGAAGACCACAGAGGUAGGGAUCAGCAGAUUGUCAAAGAACUUCCUGAUACAAAAAAUUCUGCUGUUGGGCAGAAACAACCACGUAGGAAGAGAAGCAAUGACAGAAACAGGACAUCAAAACAAUUGAAUGAGGAGGCAGAGAAGUUUUUUGAGGAUUUCAUUGCAAAUAUAGAAGAUACAGAUUUUUCUUCUUUUGAUGGAGAAAGAAGUGAUGCAAGUUCAACAUUAGGAGGAGUAGCUAAGCCAAAGGACAGUUUUACUUAUGGGGAAGCAGUUAACCAAAGUCCUGCAGGAGCUACUUGUCAUCCUGUUGGAACUGAUGGGGUGAUCUUGCCUUGGUUGCAGUGGGAGACAAGCAAUGAUAGUUCUUUCACUCCCAAGAAUGAAGAGCAAACUCCUGUUAGUAGGAAAACGUCAAUAUGUGAUGCAAGACAGGACGUCACCUCCCCUCAGAAUGAUAGUAGUUAUUCCGUCAGCAGCCAUGGGAGUUGGAGCCCAGCAAUUGUGCAUAGUCAACCGAAGAAUAGAACAAUCUAUACAGUUGAAGAUGGUGGAGACGUAUCCGGAGAACUUGAAAGUUGCCAAAGUUCAGGAUUUGAUAUGGCUGAAUAUAACAGACUUCAACGAAGUGAAGAGCUAUUGUUUGAAAGGUACAGAGAACGAAAUAGAAUUAGUUCAGGUGGUCUUUUACUUUGUGGUCAUUUUCUCUAGUUACUUUAUGUUGCUGAUACUCAUUUGCAGCUAGUAAAGUAUAUAAAUUACUCGAGUUAUUUUGGAGUACCAAAAACUUGCAUGUAGUCAUUCUUGGAAGUUGGAAUACACUACAAAGUAGUUCAUACACG